CGUCGCGCAACACAGACGUGCGCGUGGACAGUGUGUGUGUGUGUGCUUGUGUUAACUAUUUGUGUGAUUUCGCUGUAUAGAGGAUGCACUCGCGGUAACAGCUCAAUGAUAGGAUGGACCUGCACACGCCGCUGGUGGUCCACGGGUAUGAGCACGCGCCGCUGCUCGAGGUGGAGGGGAUGGAUGGGCCCCAGAAGCUACUGCACCCCCCCAUACAGAGUCAGGAGCUGAUGAGCAAUGACCAUAGGAAUGGAGAGUACGAAUUUUCAGAUGAGCAGUACCACGCCCACAGCAGCAACCAGAGCGGAGACGGUAAGUCAGGCCACGGCGGCGUCAACCAGCUCGGCGGUGUCUUCGUGAACGGCAGACCUUUACCAGACGUGGUCCGGCAGAGGAUAGUAGAACUGGCGCACAGUGGAGUCAGACCUUGUGACAUCAGCAGACAGCUGAGGGUCUCCCAUGGCUGUGUGUCGAAGAUUCUGUCUAGGUACUACGAAACGGGUAGCUUCAAAGCCGGCGUGAUAGGAGGUUCGAAGCCGAAGGUAGCGACCCCACCCGUGGUGGACGCUAUCGCCGCAUACAAGAGGGAAAACCCGACGAUGUUCGCCUGGGAGAUCCGGGAUAGACUGCUGAGCGAGGGGAUCUGUAGCCAGGAUAAUGUGCCCUCUGUGUCCAGUAUUAAUAGGAUUGUGCGCAACAAAGCGGCUGAGAAGGCGAAACACGCGCACAACCAGCAGCAACAACAACAACAGGAACAGGAGAUCAGCUCCGCGCAGGGGAGUGUUGUUUCUGUAAUAACGCACGCAGGCAAUGCUGGGACCACCGCCGUGUUAUCUCCAACCACGGAGCAGCACGUCACAAAUACAGGCAGCUACAGCAUCAAUGGGAUCCUGGGGAUCGAGCAGGUGGAAGGUCUGCAUAAUGGGAACGGGCUGAAGAGGAAACGGCAUGAGGAUCAGGAUGAGAACAGAGAUUUCAAUAGUCAUUCAGAAGACGACGUGAAGAGACAAAGAAGUCACUACAACGGCGACCAGAUAUAUUCUAACCUGUGGUCGUCGUCGAAGUGGAGUCUAAAGGACGAGUACAAGUUGCUCUCAGAGCUCGGGGGCGGGACGGGGUACUACGGGGAGCUGUUCGAGGCGCCGUAUGAACACGCCGCUCAUCCGCACUAUGCACCGCAUUCUGCGGGCACAAACGACUCGACGGGGUCGGCGGCGGGCCCGGGCGAGCCGCCGUCCGCGGCGGGCAGCCCGGACGCCGCGGCGCUCGUCGUGCUGCAGCCGCCCGCGCCGCCAUACCCGCCCUAUGCGCAUUAUGAUGGUACAGCCACACUGGCGAGCGAGUACGCGUACGCGGCCCCGUACUCGCAGUACUCGCCGUACGGAGGGCCAUACUCACAUUCCGCGGCCACGGGACUUCUAUCCAAGUGAUAUCAACGGACGCCGUGCGAGCAAUAGCUAUCGGCGAGCCACAACGAAACUAAGUGAUAUGGACACUAAUUAAAGUUAAUGUGACAAUUUUAGUUAACUACCUUUAUCCAUUCCUUUAGAACUCAUUUAUAUUAUAGAUCAUUGAUCUAUCAACUAAUGGGAAUUGUGUAUAAAAAAUUAAAAACCCAGUGACGAAAUUAUAAUGUAUAAGGCGAACAUAGAAAUGUAUGAAACAAACAUAGAAAUUCUUAUUUAAAAUGACAGAGUUUUUACAUCUUGCACAUUUUAAAAUGUCUUUAAACUAACUUUCUUUAUGAAUGUAUGUUAAAAAUUUGUUAUAUUUUCAGAUAAUCUUAAAUGAAUUCAGUUCAAUUUAGAUGACUAACUUUGUCAUCUUCAAACACAAUACCAUUAGUUGUUACAUCAAUAUAAUAGACAAAUAAUGUACAAUUUGAUAUGUUUAAUUCAUUUGUAUUCGUUUCAUGGAGGUCAGUAGCUUCUUUGCUUUCUCUGUAUAGAUUUAACGUUAUACUCAUUAAUAUUUAGUUAAAUUUCAAACGAGAGAGCCAAAGUUAUCAUCAAUGUAAAUACUGAUAAAUGUUUUAUCAUUUUAUCAUUAAUAGCUUAGAUUUUUCGUUUACCUCAUAGUAACAAAAUAUUUGCGCUUGGUGUAAGAUCGGCAUAGAGAUUGACUUUCACAAAGUUUUUAUCAUCUUCCCAGUGAAAAAUAAAGUAUUUUUUAUUUUCCCACAUCUUUAGUUUAACCAUUGAGAUAAUAUUACUACGUAUGGAGGAGACACCACGAAGAAAAUCUGAUGGCGGC